UGAAGUUAUGUUGGUGUCGUCGUUGUAUAUUAUUACAAGUGCUUCAGUGCCUAGGAGUGCAUUAAUUAUUAGAGACAAACUUACCUAACUGAAAUGAUUUUCUGCAAAGAAAGCUGAAAACAGUUUCGAAUUCGGAACUCGAACAGAAUUCGGUGUUAUUCGAUGUUGCACUACUGCAGCUCAGGCCGGUGGACGGGAACCUCUGGCUCGUUCUUGUGUUUACGUAGUAAAUGAGAGGGACUUGUACCCCUGAGAGGGUGGUUAGCACUGUGGAAUAUUGAGCGAGAUUUCUUACCGCGGAUAAUUCCGACUGGAUAUUAAUAACACAGCGUUACUUUGGGGAGUGUACAAAUAACAGUGAGUUUUAUAUGGAGACAGCAAACGUGCCAGAUGAGUUGAUCAACGAAAGUACAUCGCACGUCAUUUGUAGGGUUUACUGUGUGUAAAAGGAGAGCGGGAAAAUACAUCUCCCGGUAGAGGAAUGACUCGGCUUAAGCCUAGCAGGGCUGCUAUAGAAAGCAACCACACCUGCUCACCGUCAUCUUUGCGGCGGCGGGAGCUAAAGCUCAAAGACUCCGGUCUCUUUGACAACAAAUUUAAGAUGUUCAUCGUGUUCAAUAUCUCACUACUAAUAUGUGUGCUAGGCUACGUAUGGCACUUACACAAACUUCAAAGCGAGAUAGUGACACCGUUGGAUUCGCCUAAGAUGGUCUCGAAGGCUGGCCUUGACGUUCCGAAUAGAUAUUGGGGCACCUAUCGUUCGCAGCUGUACUUCGGCAUGAAAAAUCGCCAUCGUGAUCCGGUGAACUUCGGACUCAUGUGGUUUAACCAGAAACCUCGAGGAAAUAACCUUAACAUCCGCCAUUGGUGCUCACAAAGAGAUGGUUUGCAGAAGUACACGUGGCUGAGACACGAUGGUGUUCAUUUCGGUGAACAAGUCAUCAUUGAUGGAGAUUUGAACAUUACCACAUCGUUUGUAAAGCGACCAGGCGAGAAAGGUGGAGAGUGGACAGCGCGAAUAUCGGUAGAAAAUAUUUCGCCUGACCCGCCAAAACCACAAAAAAAGCCGGAGCCGAUGUCUCUUUUCUUCUAUGCCAUGGCUGAUUUUCGAUCUCACAAUCUCAGUCUGGAUAUCGUUGAUAAAACACGCGUGGAAGCAUUGACAGGAGGUUCGCCAGAGGUGGGUGAUUGGCGGUUAAGAUUUGAUGGCGGCGGUUCUCAGCCCAUAAAAUACGGCUACCUCAGUACGGUGAUACCCUCACCUGACGAAGUGGUAGAUGUCAUACAGAAAAAUGUAAAAGCUACAAAACUUAAGGAUUACCCUCUUAAGCUAUUUUUUGUACAAGGAUCAGUGUUCGCUCCUACAGACCCUGAUGGAAAACCGAACUUUAUUUCAAACCAGGUAACAGUCGUGCCGCCUUACACAAUGGAAGUUAUGUUUGAAAACGUGGCGAACGACCCUGAAAGGGAUCUGGAGGAAGAGUUAAAAGGCGACGUCUUCAGCAAAGAGUUACAUAGGUACCGACGUGAUUUUGAUGAACGGUUCGAUAAAACGUUUCCAUUGCAGACCAAAUUUCAAAUUGAGGAAAUCAAUGUCGCGAAAGCUGCGUUAAGCAACAUGCUAGGCAGUAUCGGGUAUUUCUUUGGACAAAGCUUGGUGCGAGGACCAAAUAAUAGGGAUACUGUGCCAUACUGGCCCGCAGCGCUGUACACCGCAGUGCCCUCAAGAUCAUUUUUCCCCCGAGGUUUUCUCUGGGAUGAAGGCUUCCACAAUCUGCUAAUAUCGCGUUGGGACGCCGAAAUAUCGAAGGAUAUAAUCGCUCAUUGGCUGGACCUUAUGAAUACAAAUGGCUGGAUACCAAGGGAGCAGAUCUUGGGAGAUGAGGCUCGGGCCAUGGUGCCAAACGAAUUUAUUGUUCAAAAGAGUACGAAUGCAAAUCCACCGACCAUGUUCUUAGCCAUACAAACGUUACUGGAUAUGAUGAAACGAGGCGAAAUCCCAGAAGAUACCGGAUUUAUUAGUAGCGCUUACCCUCGCCUGAAAGCUAUUUUUACUUAUUUUCAACGCGAGCAACAGGGGCCUAUUUCUAAAUCAUAUCGUUGGAGGGGUCGAAAUCCGGAAAUCCGCACAGAACUCAAUCCGAAAACAUUGGCAUCAGGCCUUGACGACUACCCCAGAGCUUCACAUCCAACCGAUAAUGAAAGACAUUUGGACCUUCGAUGCUGGGUCGCACUAAUGGCAGAAGUUCUCGCCGACAUCGGCGAGCGGAUUGGACUCCCGGAGGAUAGUUACAAAGAAUACAAAGAAAUAUUUGCGGCACUUAAAGACAAUAACGAUCUCAAUAAACAGCAUUGGUCGCCGAGCGGAAAUCAGUAUAGUGACUUUGGAUUGCACACUGAUGAUGUGAUGUUGGUGAGUCAGAGGCCUAAACCGGGGGAGCCGUCGCUUCCGAUGCUAAGAUACACCGCCAAAGCUCCCACUGAACGUUUUGUCGACCAAUUCGGCUAUGUCAGCCUUUUCCCACUAAUCAUGCGCUUGCUGGAGGUAGACUCCUCACAGCUCGGACAGAUGUUAUCUAGCUUAGACGAUCCCACACUUUUGUGGACCGACUUUGGCCUUAGGUCCCUAUCGAAAGACGGCAAGCUUUAUAAUGCCCGUAAUACUGAGCACGAUCCACCAUAUUGGCGAGGAAACAUCUGGAUUAAUAUGAAUUUCCUCGUAGUCCGCGCACUGAAAUAUUAUGCACAAAUUGACGGGCCACAUAGAAACGAAGCGCGAAGACUUCACAAUGAACUUCAACAAAACAUUGUUAGGAACGUAAUUCGACAAUACCAUAAAAGCGGAUAUUUGUGGGAGAACUAUAAGGACGAAACGGGCAAAGGAUCAGGAAGCCAUCCGUUCACUGGCUGGACUUCUCUUGUGGUACUUCUUAUGAGUGACCAGUAUUAAUGGUAUAAUUAAUUAAAUAAAUUAUAAUUAAUUAAUUAUUAAGUAUAAUUAAUUAGUACAAAAGCAGGCGCGGCUGUCUAAAUUAAUGGAAAUUAAUAAUGUUAUGACAAAGAUUCUCUUUUUAUAUAUCAAAGCGGUAUAUCGUUUCGUCAUUUUAUAUGACUUGCGCAUUGCUAUAAUACCAAAAAUGCAAUUUACGAGUAAAACAGGUUCGAAAUAGAAUUUGCUUGGAAGUAAAUCUGCGAGAGACACUUAGCACUGACAGCUAUGCUUAAAUGGCAUUUUGCGCUUUUACAACCUACAAUUAACCCCUGUCAUAAGGUGAUUGGGAGGCUAAGAAUCUUAGCGUUAGCUUGAAGCUAUACAGACGCGGGCUAAGCACUUAAUGCUGAAAAACAAAUUUCCAAACGUUGAGCUGACGCGACUCUGAGACGGAUUUGAAUGAGCACUGACACUGCUCUUGUAAAGUCCGAGUCUAGUAAACGGGUAAGUAUUAGUGCUGGUACGGACUAUUUAAAGAGGAUGGGAUUUAUAUUAAAGCAAAAGCAGUGAACGACUGCACAACAAGAGAAAAUAUUAGAGUUUCAUGCAACGUGUGCCAAUCGAGAUUUGCUCAACUAGUGUUGUCUCAAAUAAAGAUAAUAUUAUUUAACUGGUGAAACGGGCAGAAUGGGUUAUGUGUUUUUGAAAUAUGUAAUAAUAUGAAUCUCUAUAUUUGCAGCUUUGUCUACGAAGUUGGCUUAUAUGCGAAAUCGAAAGAAAAAUUUCUACACGUCUUACAGAGGUGCGCGCUAUACCUAUAUUUGUCGUGCAAUUAAUUUUUUAUUAGCAUAAUUAACUAGCUCAGCUAUCAAAAAAUAUUGAAGGCAAGACUUUAUUCAAUCACCAUAAUAGACGUGCUGUCUUUACACAUUAUUUCAAUCUUUUGUUAGGCGGGUUUUAAUAAAUAUGUUUUGUACUUUA